UUCAUAACCCCCAUCUUCUUCUCUCUCUAUAAAAUUUGAGAAGAGUAUGCUUUUUUGCUUAUAUAUAUAAAAUAUACUCAUCGAACAGAAAGCUUAUUAACUGAUCUUUCGCAAUUAUUCACCAAUUUCUCUCUACAAGCCUCUUUCCCUAACACCCACUUGCCCCUUUUUCUCUGAAAUCAAGGAUACAAGAAUCAUCGAUAUGGUCGAGACAAGACGAAGCUCAUCGGCCUCGAAGCGUCCGCUUUCAUCCCCUCGUUCAUCUUCGGCUUCAAGCGGCAAGAGAUCAAAGGGGAAUGAUGCAACCCCUUCAUCAACAGCGGGGACAUUCGUUCCUCCGGUUGAAACACAAGGGCCGACGAAAGAAUCUGGGUUUGAAUCUCGAUCUUCUGAUCCUCCUAUCGCUGUUGCAUUGAAAUCGGCGGAUGAAAUUGAUUCUGCUGUAUCUGAUAAGCCUGCGGAGGUUCAAGUUGAAUCCAAGCGUUUGCCAUCUCCGACUCCUUUAGGUGAUUCAAAAGCUGAGGCGGUUCAGGCCAAGCCAGUUACUGCUGUAUUCAAUCGGCCUAAAAGGCGACAAGUUAAACCUAAUGUCAAGGUCGCAUGGGGCAAGCUUAUUUCCCAGUGCUCUCCGAAUCCUCAUGUGAUUAUGAAUGAUCCAAUUCUCACUGUUGGUCAAGGACGUCAAUGCAACUUGUGGCUGAAAGACCCAUCAAUUAGUAAAUCUUUGUGUAGGAUAAGGCGUGUAGAAGGAGAGCAAGGAGGUUUACCCAAAACCUAUCUUGAAAUCACAGGUGGGAAGGGUAUGGUCUAUUUAAAUGGCAAAGUUCAACCAAAGAAUGCUAUAAUGGCGAUAAAUGGCGGUGAUGAGUUGGUUUUUAGUUUGGCUGGCAGGCAUCAAUAUAUUUUUCAGCAACUACUUAACAGUGGCGUAACUAUUGCUGCUGCUGCUUCGGCUUCUGUUCCUGCUUCUGCUGCUGCUCCGGCUUCUGCUGUUGCUUCUACUUCUGCUGCUACUGGCAUAAAAUCUUCAACAGGAAUUUUGGAAACAUGCAGUGCUCAUUUCAAAGGUGUGCAUUAUGAAGCAGGGGCUGGAGAACCAUCGUCUGUUGAUAAAGCUUCACUACUAGCAUCUUUGACUAAGUUGAAGAAACAGUUUUCUCUUCUUCCUUCACCCCCCCAAGAUAAUAAACUGGACUUGCAACAAGGUUCCGAAGUGGAUAUUGUAUCCUCCUCAGCUGCACAUGAGGUUUCUGAAAAUCAAACUAAGGAUGUUGAAAUGAAAGAUAACUGUGAUAAAAAUGAUGAGACUGGUGCUGCAUCAACAAAGAAAGAUGUUUCAGAUGCUGUAGAUAAGAAUGCAAAUCUUGACAACUCUGUUUUGGAUCCAUCAGGAGAACCGGAAACUGGGAAGGUUGCUGAGCUCGGUUUGACUUCUAACAUCACUCAAAUUCAAAGUGAACUUAAAACAGUUCUUAAGAAUAUGGAUAUUUCAGCUUUGUCAUCAACAAAGCGUCAAGCCUUCAAAGACAGGUUGAGAAAUGGGAUCAUGACUCCUAACGACAUCAAAGUCUCGUUUGAAGACUUCCCCUAUUAUUUAAGUGAGACCACGAAGAAUGUGUUAAUCUCAUCCACAUAUAUGCAUUUGAAGCGUAAUAUAUUUGCAAAGUUCGUUGGGGAUCUCACGACCCUGUCACCAAGAGUACUAUUAUCUGGGCCCGCAGGCUCUGAAAUAUAUCAGGAAACAUUGACAAAGGCGCUUGCAAGGCAUUAUGAUGCCAAACUUCUUGUUGUUGAUUCUCUACUCUUACCUGGUGGAUCGCUGUCAAAGGAUGCUGAGCCGCCUGUUAAAGAUAUUUCAAGACCUGAAAGGAUAAACGUGUUUACUAAUAAGGGAACUGUAACGGCAGUUCAGAUUAAAAAACCAGCUUCGAGUGUUGAGGCAGACAUAAUCAGUGGAUCUACUACCUUUAGCUCUCAGGCACAGCCUAGGCAGGAAGCAUCAACUGCGUCAUCAAAGAGCUUUGCUUUUAAGAAAGGAGACAAAGUAAAAUUUGUUGGGCCAGUACAGCCUGUGUUUUCACCAACUAACCAUGUUCCUUUAAGAGGUCCAACUUAUGGUUAUAAAGGUAAGGUUGUUCUUGCUUUUGAAGGGAACAACUCGUCAAAAAUCGGUGUUAGAUUUGACAAAACAAUUCCGCAAGGCAAUGAUCUGGGCGGUCUUUGCGAGGAAGAUCGCGGGUUCUUUUGUUCUGCAACCGACUUGCUUCGUCUUGAUGGUUCUAGUGGGGAUGAAAUUGACAAGCUUGCUAUCAACGAGCUAUUUGAGGUUGCCACAAAUGAGGCUAAAGGCAGUUCUCUAGUUAUAUUCCUGAAAGACAUUGAGAAGUCUAUGGCGGGAAGCGCAGAUGCACAUACGCUUCUCAAGACUAAGUUGGACAAUUUACCAGAUAAUAUAGUAGUUAUUGUUUCUCACAUCCAUGCUGAUAGUAGGAAGGAGAAAUCUCAUCCUGGUGGACUUCUCUUCACAAAAUUAGGUGGCAACCAUACUGCACUCCUUGAUCUUGCUUUUCCGGACAAUUUUGGUAGGAUGCAUGACAAAAACAAGGAAACUCCAAAAGUUAUGAAGCAACUUGGCCGUCUUUUCCCAAACAAAAUUGUAAUCCAGAUGCCUCAGGAUGAAAACCUUCUAGUGGACUGGAAACGGCAGUUAGAUCUUGAUAUUGAGACUUUGAAGUCUCAAGCCAACCUUGUCAGCAUCCAUCAGGCUCUAAAUCAAAGUGGAUUUGAGUGCAGUGACCUGCAAACAGUAUGCAUAAAGGAUCAAGCACUUACAAAUGAAAGUGCUGAGAAAGUCAUUGGCUGGGCACUGAGUCACCACAGUAUGCAUGCUACUGAAGUAAUUACUAAGGAUUCAAAGCUUCUGAUAUCUAGUGAAAGCAUUAUGCACGGGCUUGAGAUUCUACAAAGUAUUCAAAAUGAAACCAAGAGCUCAAAGAAGUCUCUCAAGGAUGUGGUUACUGAAAAUGAAUUUGAGAAGAAACUUCUGGCAGAGGUUAUCCCACCCAAUGAGAUUGGGGUUACUUUUGAUGACAUUGGAGCACUGGAAAAUGUUAAGGAUACAUUGAAAGAGUUGGUUAUGCUUCCUCUUCAAAGGCCAGAGUUAUUCACUAAAGGACAUCUUACCAAGCCUUGCAAAGGAAUUCUUCUUUUCGGACCUCCUGGCACUGGGAAGACUAUGCUAGCUAAAGCUGUUGCAACCGAGGCUGGUGCAAAUUUUAUCAACAUAUCCAUGUCUAGCAUCACCUCUAAGUGGUUUGGUGAAGGAGAGAAGUAUGUGAAGGCAGUAUUCACAUUGGCAAGCAAAAUCUCUCCUAGUGUUGUUUUUGUUGAUGAGGUAGACAGCAUGUUAGGAAGACGCGAAAAUCCUAGCGAGCAUGAAGCAAUGCGUAAAAUGAAAAAUGAAUUCAUGACCAAUUGGGACGGUCUUCGAACAAAGGAUAAGGAACGUGUCUUAGUACUUGCAGCUACCAACCGCCCAUUUGACCUAGAUGAGGCAGUCAUCAGAAGGCUUCCCAGGAGAUUAAUGAUCAAUUUGCCUGACAGUACAAAUAGAGAGAAGAUUAUGAGAGUUGUUUUGGCCAAAGAAGAAUUAACACCCAAUUUUGAUUUCCAAGCAGUUGCUGCUAUGACUGAGGGAUAUUCAGGAAGUGAUUUGAAGAAUCUUUGUGUGACGGCUGCCCACCGACCCAUAAGAGAAAUCUUGGAGCGAGAAAAGAAGCAAAAGGAAUCGGCUUUAGCUGAGAACAUGCCUGCACCUGCACUUCAUAACAGUGCAGACAUUCGCCCUUUGACUGUAGAGGAUUUUCGUGUUGCACAUGAACAGGUAUGCGCGAGCGUUUCAUCUGACUCUACAAACAUGAGUGAGCUCCUUCAGUGGAACGAUUUGUAUGGUGAAGGGGGAUCGAGGAAGAAGACAUCGCUGAGCUACUUCAUGUAGAUGACUGGAGGGAGAAGGAGAACUGUAUAGAAAAGUUGAUAGAUUUCGUUACUUAGUUAUCUUUCGGUUAACAACCUUAUCGGAAUCAGGAUCGGAACUGCGUUACAACUCGACUCUUCCCCCAGUGUAUCAUAUAGUGUUAUUGGGCUUCUUUAUAUAGACUGGCGGCAGACAUUUCAUUCCUUUCUUCUUUCUUUGGUUUGAGAAUUGAGAAUAGUUUUUUUAAGAAUUGAAUUUGAAUUUUUCAUUUGUAAUCUGUACAUGCAAUUUGAUUAAUUGGAGACCGGUUCCUUAU